AGGCGUCGAGAGUCGAUAGCAGAGUCUGUCGCUGAUGCAACACCGGCUCGCCUCAUCGGCACCUUAGUGGAAUAAUAACAGCGUAUAAGGUCCCUGCGCGAUGGCAGAUCAGCUGAGUCCAGAUGAGAAGUUCAACCUCAUUACCAGGAACCUGCAGGAGGUCCUGGGAGAGGAAAAGUUGAAGCAGGUGCUUCAGGAGAGGGAGCUGAAGGUCUACUGGGGAACUGCGACCACUGGCAAACCACACGUAGCCUACUUUGUCCCCAUGUCCAAGAUAGCAGACUUCCUCAGGGCAGGUUGUGAGGUUACAAUUCUCUUCGCGGACUUGCAUGCUUACUUAGACAACAUGAAAGCUCCCUGGGAGCUGCUGGAGCUCAGGGUGAAGUACUACGAGCAGGUUAUCAAAGCCAUGUUGGAGAGCAUCGGUGUGCCUCUGGACAAACUACGGUUUAUCAAAGGAACUGAAUUCCAACUCAGCCGAGAGUACACUCUGGAUGUAUACCGCUUGUCCUCCAUGGUGACGGAGCAUGAUGCCAAGAAGGCCGGCGCUGAAGUUGUGAAGCAGGUGGAGCACCCUCUGCUGAGUGGGCUGCUGUACCCUGGACUACAGGCUUUGGAUGAGGAGUACCUGAAGGUGGAUGCCCAGUUUGGAGGAGUUGACCAGAGAAAGAUUUUCACUUUGGCAGAGAAGUACCUGCCCUCCCUUGGUUACGCUAAGCGAGCUCAUCUAAUGAAUCCAAUGGUUCCAGGUCUGACAGGGGCUAAGAUGAGUUCAUCAGAAGAAGAGUCAAAAAUUGAUCUACUUGACUCAAAAGAGGACGUCAAGAAGAAGCUGAAGAAAGCCUUCUGUGAGCCGGGGAACAUCCAGAACAACGGAGUUCUUUCUUUUGUUAGAUAUGUCCUCUUCCCUCUAAAAGGAGAGUUUUGCGUCAAAAGAGAUCCCAAAUGGGGUGGAGACAAAAUCUUUUCUGUAUUUGAAGAAGUGGAGAAGGAAUUUUCUGAAGAGAUGAUUCAUCCAGGAGACCUGAAGGCCUCGGUGGAGGUUGCACUGAAUGAGCUACUGGAGCCAAUCAGGAAGAAGUUUACGUCUCCUGAGCUCCGAAAACUCACAAACACUGCCUAUCCUAGUGCUUCCAAGACAAAAGCAGGAGGAAAGGGUGCUAAGGCAGCAGGUGGAGGUGAGGACGAUGAGUUGGCCCCCUCUAAACUGGACAUCAGGGUGGGCAAGAUCGUCAGCGUGGAGAAGCAUCCGGAUGCUGAUUCACUGUAUCUGGAGAAGAUUGACGUGGGAGAGCCGGAACCGAGGACCGUCGUCAGCGGACUGGUCGCCUACGUCUCACAGGAGGACCUGCAAGACAGACUGGUCUUGCUCCUCUGCAAUCUGAAGCCGCAGAAGAUGCGAGGGAUCGAGUCCCAGGCCAUGCUGCUAUGUGCCUCAGUAGAAGGGGAGCCCAGGAGGGUGGAGCCUCUGGACCCUCCAGAGGGAUCAUCGCCAGGGGAACGGGUCUUUGUGGAAGGACACGAGUCUGGCAAGCCGGAUGAACGACUGAACCCCAAGAAGAAAGUGUGGGAGAAACUUCAGGAGGACCUGAAGAUCUCAGACGAUUGUGUAGCUCAGUGGAAAGACCAAAGGUUGAUGACCAAACUGGGACAAAUCACAUGCAAGACCCUGAAAGGAGGCAAUAUUAGCUAAAUACACACAUAUACUCUACACACACCAUCCAAGCUCCUCUCAUCGGCCACAUCAAGACUCUCUUCCACAAACCCCCAGGACGGCAACAUCAGACUUCAUCUGGAUGCUUUUUGUGAAGAAAAUGGGUCAUUCACACCAAAAGUUCUUGCUGUUUCAGACUUAAGGCGUCGACCAAGUCGAUGGGGGAAAGUACAUAAUUCCUGAAUGAGUCAUUUACAAAAAUAAUCAUGUUACAAAUCAAGUUGUGGUUCAUCACUGGUUAUUGUUAUUGAUGCAUUUAAAUGUACGCAUACAACAAAUAUUUAGCAAAAUGAAGAUAAUUGAGCUUGUUGAGUUAAGGGGUUGUUUGUUCCUGCAGGUAACUUUAUAAAGAAUAGCUCAGGAUUCUGAAAGGGACUUAAUGUUUCUGUACUUUUCCAACUGGACAGGACACUGUUUGCCAUCAUAAACAUAAAUGUCAGAGCAACAAACCUGUUUAAAUAGGAAUGCUUUUAAAACCACUCUGCCUUGUGUUAUAAAACGGUUGUAUCAAAGGUUAUGUUACACACAACUCCAUAUCUGAUCUAAUGCAUCAUCUCUAAUAUCCAAUAAAUGCUGGGGGAAUUUUGUGGCCUGCAAGGAAUGAAAAUGUGUUUGUUUUGGCGAGAAAGUGCUAAAUGUGUCACAUCUUAAAGAAAUGAAUUCAGGAAACAUUUAAUAUACUUUAAGAUUUUAUUUAUAGAAGUAAUACCAGUACAUCUUUUUUUUGUAAUCACCAAAAGAUUUUUAAACCCUUACAAAGAGUCUGAAUCAUUGACUCGCCAAAGAGUCCGCUGGGGGAAAGUGUUUUGUGCAAAUAUUGAUAAGCUGGAUUUUCCAUCUUUAAAGGCUCGAGCCAAAGUUUUAGAUCCAGGACAUUGAAUAAAAACACGGACCUCACGCUACCCGCUCCAGUGUAUCAAUCAUCCAGGGCCACAAUCAAAGCCCUUAUCAAAGGGUCGCAGUUGAAAUAGUCUUAAAUAUUUCAUAUUUGGUAGGAAAAGGUGACUGACAGUGCUACUAGAGGAAACAACCACACAUAAAUAAAUAAGAUGCGUGUGUUACAGUUCUUCAAAAGAUUUCUUAAGAGUAUGUCUAAACUCAAAGCUUUGAGGGAAGCAACCGUCUGAUAUUUUAGAAAUUGAUGUAAUUUAAAGCUUUUUUUUUGGUUGAACAUUAAUUUAUCAUCUGGCUAUUUUUACACGCAGUGAGAAAGCAGGAUGAAACCAAACGUGGUGGUCUAGUCAGGAAAGGGAAGUCCCGUCCUGUACGGAUACUCUGCAGUCAUGUGAAAACUUGUAUGCAUUAUAUUACAACAGAAGGAGAGGGAGAAAAGAAAGACAAGAAAUCUACAGAAAAUCUGCUUUAAGUCGUAGUUGACGUUACCUAAUUUUAACCUCUGGGAGGCGAUCUCACACAGGCCAAACACAUGCUGUUCAGCCAACGUUCACCACUUCACCCUGAGGGCCCUGAAUAGGAGAUAAACUAUGCCUUAGAAAAAUACUCAAUAAUAAAGCUUUUUCUUUUU